CCUGGUUAGGUUGUGUGAGGGCUGCCUGCGCACGCGCUCUCUCCUCCGUGCCGCUGAGGGGAUUGCAGGCCACCAUCUGCCGCGGAGCCGGGGUCCGUCGCCAGGUGGGGAAGAUGCUGGGCAGCAAGGGCUUCAACAUGGAGAAGCAGAACCACGCUCCGCGGAAACAGCACCAGCCGCACCUGCCACCGUCCAUCCCCGCCAACGGGCAGCAGGCGAACAGCCAUAAUGAAGGCCUGACUAUUGACCUGAAGAACUUCCGGAAACCUGGUGAAAAGACCUUCACCCAAAGAAGCCGCCUGUUUGUGGGGAAUCUGCCCCCUGACAUUACAGAGGAAGAGAUGAGAAAGUUAUUUGAGAAGUAUGGCAAGGCAGGUGAAGUCUUCAUCCACAAGGAUAAAGGCUUUGGCUUUAUCAUGCUGGAAACUCACACUCUGACAGAGAUUGCAAAGGUGGAACUAGACAACAUGCCUCUAUGUGGGAAGCAGCUAAGAGUGCAUUUUGCGUGCCACAGUGCAUCACUGACAGUCAGGAACCUGCCUCAGUUUGUGUCCAAUGAGCUCCUGGAGGAAGCCUUCUCAGUGUUUGGCCAGGUGGAAAGGGCUGUGGUUGGUGUGGAUGACAGAGGACAAUCCUCUGGGAAAGGCAUUGUGGAGCUCUCAGGGAAGCCUGCUGCUAGGAAAGCCCUGGAUAGAUGUAGCGAUGGGUCUUUCCUGCUAACUACAUUCUCUCUCCUUGUCACUGUGGAGCCCAUGGAUCAGUAUGAUGAUGAAGAGGGUCUGCCAGAGAAGCUAAUCAUUAAAAACCAGCAAUAUCACAAGGAGCGUGAGCAGCCUCCUCGGUUUGCACAGCCUGGUAGCUUUGAAUAUGAAUAUGCCAUGCGUUGGAAAGCUCUAAUAGAAAUGGAGAAACAGCAGCAAGAGCAAGUAGACUGCAACAUCAAGGAAGCUCGAGAGAAGCUGGAAAUGGAAAUGAAAGCAGCACGCCAUGAGCACCAAGUUAUGCUCAUGCGGCAAGAUUUAAUGAGACGCCAGGAAGAGCUGAGGAGAAUGGAGGAAUUGCAUAACCAAGAAGUACAAAAACGUGAACAGUUGGAACUCAGGCAAGAGGAAGAGAGCAGGUGCCAUGAGGAGGAAAUGAGAAGGCAGCAAGAAGAGAUGAUGAGACGCCAGCAGGAAGGCUUUAAAGGGAAUUUUGCUGAUACGAGGGAGCUACCAGACAUGCGAAUGGGACAGAUGAGUACGGGAAGCACCACUGGCAUGAACAGUAGAGGAGCCAUGGGUGGUACCAAUGUCCCAGCUGCUGUACCUUCUGUGACUGGUCCUGGAGCUAUGAUACGUGAUGGGAAGACUCCACCACCACCUGCAGACCGCUUUGGCCAGAGCGGUGCGAUGGAGGGCCUCGGAGCAAUGGGAGGGAAUCCACCUGCCUUCAACAGAGGAAAUCCAGGGGCUGAUUUUGGUUCUAACAAGCAUCGCAGAUACUAACAGGAUUAAGCUACUCCCUGCGCACACCCCAAAAAGGAAAGGAAUCUUGGCAGGCCACGCAGGGCUCAACUCAAGGCGGGGUGGGGGGGACGGGGGACACGGUGAUAUUAAAAAUAGUUAAUUAGGGCCUGUUUUGGUAAAGCCACUCUAGGCCAAGGGGGGUGCAGUCUGACUGGUAAAGGUUUUAGAAGAAUUCAUGUGGUGCAUUCCUAUAAUUUCAAUGUGAAAAAUGGAUUCUGGGAGGAUGCCAUGGUUGUUAAGCCGGUAAAAUCCAGCAAGGACCCUCAUGCCUUGACCAUUCCAGGUUGCUGUUUGCAGCUGGAGUCCUGAGACUAAACUAGAUAAAAAUUGCAGUGUCUUGGCAUUUUUUUAGUGUAGUGUACCUUGCUGAAGAGCACAGGGAAGUUUCUGGAGAAUAGGGCAGCAUCUGGGUACUUUGCAGCUCCCAUGAUUCUGUAAAUUGAUAUAGCUCCAAAUGAUCCAUCACAUAGUUAAUUGGGGAAGAUUUUAUGUUCGGGGUUAUUUUGGUUUUGUUCUGUUUCUUUUUCUUCUAACUUGCAGUUACUCCUUUAUCUGGACCAUCUGUUUCUUUAAAGUAGUUGACUGUCGUGUGCAGCCGGAAUGGCUGUGGGAGGCUCUUCUUUGGAUGGAUUUUUUUUUGAUAAUGUGUUGUAUUGCUGUUCAUUUUUACUGGUAGUAAAGUACAAUCUAUUGGACAAAGAUACUGUAUCUCUUGAUGAAGAUUUAACUAAAACAAAUGUU